AACUUACGUCCCCUUGCGCGCGGGCUUUUCUAAGCAUAGCCACUCUCUCUCUCUCUCUCUCUCUCGCACAUUACUGCUUCAACUCCCCCUUUCACUCCAUCCUACUAGGGUUUCACAUCUCUCAACCAAAUUCAACGUCUUCUUCUCUUCUCUCUGCCUAUCCCUCCAUUGAAUUCAUUCAUUAUGUGGCGCGCACUCUGGCGAUCUAUCGAUCGCUUCUCUCUCCAGCAUUUCAAAGUUGUUUUGGGCUCUGUAGUUUUGGAUCUUCACGUGGGAUUGGUUGAUUUUACACCUGAUAUAUAAUUAAUGAAUUGCGGGUGAUCAAAGUAGUGGACAAACUUAACAAGGAAUUAGUUGUAGAUUUACUGCAAUCCUUAGUGGAAAUAGUCACAUAUGGUGAUAGACACGACCCGAUGAUUUUUGAAUGCUUCAUGGAAUAUCAAGUAUUAGGAGAGUUUGUUCGUGUGCUAAAGAUCAGUAAAAAUUCAAGAAUUGAGGCACCAUUGCUUCAAUAUCUCAGCAUAAUGAUUCAAAAUAUGGAUACCGAACAUGCAAUUUAUUACUGUUUAAGCAAUGACUAUAUCAACAGCAUAAUAACCCAUCAGUACGAAUUUGAUGGGGGAGAUCUAGCUCCUUAUUAUGUAUCAUUUUUAAGAGCAGUGAGCAGCAAAUUGAACAGAGAUACUCUCUGUCUUCUUGUGAAGGUUCACGAGGAUGCUGUAGUCUCAUUUCCACUAUACAGUGAGGCACUUAAAUUUGCUCACCACGGGGAAAAGAUGAUUCAAACGGCUAUACGAGCAUUAACUCUGAACAUAUAUAAUGUUAGUGAUGACAUGGUCUAUCGAUUUGUAACAACUCCUCCAGUCUCGCAGUAUUUCUCGGACAUAGUUCUGAGCAUAAAAAAGCAAUGCACACAUUUAGAUGCCCUUGUCCAUGCUACGGAGGAGAGUUUCCCCCGCGGAAGGACAAGAGAUCUUCUGGAAACUGAUAAAAUUGUCGAUGAGCUCUACUACCUUGAGGACCUACUUUGUAUUGACGAGCCUCGUUUGAGAAAAAUGGUCACUCAAAAUCUUGUUAGCUUAUUGAUCUUUCCCAUGUUGCUCCCGUUGCUGCAGUUGGGCCAGAGUAAUGUGAGAUAUUCUUCAUCUGAACUGUUCUCUCUCUCUGCAAAAUUAUUGAAACUUCAUAAGGGUACAUAUAUUUCUGCAGUCACUUCUCUGUUUGUAGUUACCCGUCUCCUUCAGGUUGUUCAGGGAGAAAACAUGGUCAACUUUGUGGCUAGUGCUAUUCUGUAUGCUGAGAUGUUUUCAAGCAUGAAACAUACUAUUGAAGGAGUCACAGAUGAUGGUACUAAUCACGUGAAUUCUAUAUUCAACCCUUUGCAUGAAAUGGUUUGUCUUGAGCCAGAGGGUGCAGAAAACUUCAAAACAAACUAUCUGCUUGGGCAUUUAUCAGAGUACCUGCCAUGUGAUCCUCAUUUUGCAAGUUUCCCUUGUAAUGAUACGGUAAACAAAAGGGCUGGAAUACUUUCAUACAUUUUCUCAGAUAAUCAAAGUCUAAUGCUGGCAUCUCUCAUGUUAUUGCUUGUUUUAGCUGAAAGUGAAGAUCUUGAUUAUCAGCUGGCUGGAUUAAUAGGAUUCUGUCAAACUAAAACCAGGAUGCAGAAGACAUAUGACUUAUCAGCUUCACAGGUCUUUGAUGGUAGAAUUUUUGUGAGACACUUGCCUCAGAUUUUGCAUGCAUUAUUGAAGGUUUUAGCGAGCCAACCACCAUUCACAGUACUGAUACAGUGGCAUACAGCGUGGUUCUUGCGAAAGUUACUAGUUAUUCAGGAAAAGAAGCUUGACAAUCAUGAUGUUCACCUGUUCAAUACGUCGUAUGAGCAGUCUUGUGAAUGUCUUCGGAAAGAACUUGAUGGAUGCUGGUUUGAUUACAUGCCAGAUACUUUGAGAAAUGAAUGGGCAAACUGUAAAAGAGUUCUUGAGGAAUCUUCCCAGUCUAAGGAUCCCUUUUUUGCACUUGAGCUUGCUUACCACCAACAUACUUCAUGUGGAGGUCCUACUGCUUCUGCACUGGCUUGGCAAAGGAUGGUUGAUGCAGUCAAGGUUUUCGUCCUACAUCUUCAUUUGAAGCCCUUUGUUUUCAAUGGGGAUCCUUUUGAAAAUCCCUUGAUGAACUUGAAAAGCAGUUCUUUUGCUGUUUCGGGAAGAAAGUAUGUUUCAGAUCUUUCAUCUGCAAGCUUUGGCUCAGAGAUAUCUUUAGUCUCUGGUAUCCCUUGUAAAAUUGCAUUUUCCAAAGUUGGGACAAGGGAUAUCUAUGUGAUACCCAUAGCAACAGGAAAAUCUGGGAAGUUUCUCCUACUGGAGAAACAUCCCUUACAUUUCAAGCGAGGAGUUGUAAUUGCUAUGGCUCCACUGGCUGGGUUGAAUCCAAAUGUAGACGAGAAGCAUCCAACAUGGUUGCAUCUCCGGAUUAGGGAGUUUGAUCCGAAGUUCGAUGAAAGUAAAACCAGAAGCCACCAUUUGAACACUUCCAAUCACGAGGAAAAUGGCAGAUGGACACUUGGUUUUCCAGAUGCAGAUGCUUGUGUUGCUGCUCAAUUGCUUAUCCUCGAGGAAACAAAUAAGCAGAGAUCUUCUGUAGAGAGCUUACUUGCUCCACUGCUCCAGACCAGAUCUCAAAAUUUAAUAGAUGAUCAAGGAGAGUGAACCCUAGAUUCUGUUCCAAAUUUAUAUAAUUGUAUAAUUUCUCUUAAAAGUGAGAAAAUAGGUAAGGUAGUUCAGUUGCUUAUUGAGUGUGUACCCACAUAGAUUCUGUUCCAAAUUUAAGACUGUUAUCGUUGUACUAGUAAGUACAAUUUACUAGAGGGGUUUCAUCGGACCAUUAACCCUUUUGGGCUUUUUUUAUUUACAAAUUAAAUAAUUGGGAGGCCUUAAAUGCACUCCAAGAAUUAAGUUGGACACCA